AUGUCUCUAUACCCUGCCCCCUGGCUGGUAAUUAGAGGCUACUGGGCAGCUAUGCUAGGCUUUAAAAGGAUGCAGAAGGAGCCCUCUAAGGUAGAGACUAUUCUUGCUGCAUAUAAUACAGAGCAGCCAGCGCUCAGUGGAAAGCAGCCUUCCUCCAUAUACCUUAUGGGCCAGAGCUCCCUCCAAGCAGUGGUGGCAAGUCUGUCCUCCCUAGGGGCAGACAGGGGUGGGGCACAGAGAGCAGCCCAGCAGUGCUCUUUUGUUGGCAGGUGUAGUGAGCCCAGGGGCUUGUUUGGGGGUCCCUCUUCUGUCUGA